UGGGACUCAAUCGAUUCUCAAAAUAUAUAUUCUGUAAGCUGGUCAAAUCAAUUAGAUCCAGUGUACCCAAUUACAGCAGUGAUGGCCUUACCAUUAACAGAUUUAGGAAAAGAAUCGCAAGUUGGUACAGAUUGGACUUGUAUAAUUGUUGGUUUUGCAACGGGUUAUUGUAAAUUUUUCACUGAAAAUAUGGGUUUGUUAUUAAGUGUGAGGUUUCACGAUGAACCUGUUAUGCACAUAAAAUCUACCUGCAGUACUAUUUCUAGUAGUAGUAGAAGAACCCACAAUGAAAAUUUAUUAGAGGAUGAAUUGUACAUUACAUAUCAAAGCAAUGUUUCAGUUAUCAACGCAAAUGUUUUAUUUCAAAUUCUUUGCAAUAAUAGACAGGAAUUGGCUAGAGCCCAAGGAACCUUUACUGAACCGAAUCUUCUUACUGAUUCAUCAUUAUCACUUCGAAAAUGGGGUUUUAGUGAUCAAGGUCAGUUAGUUGAUAGUGUAGUUGUUGGAUUGACAUCUGCAAAUGUAUAUAAUCAUCUUCUCACUGCUUCAAUUGUUGGUGGAUUUCAUUCAAGAUAUAGAUCAGCAGCUCCAAAAAAUACUUUAGUUUUAACUGCAGGUGCAAGGCCUUAUCUUGGUUUUCAGUAUGCUAUGGAAGGCGGCUCACAGCCCAUUUUUAGCGACAUGGCUAAAGCAGUAGCCAGCAAAUUAAAAUCAGCUCUUCCGAGUUGGUUAACUGGGAGCCGCACUAGUGCUGAGCCAGUUGAACAACCACCUAUCCCUGCUGAAGCCAUGACUUGCCGUUUUGGUUUAUGUGACUUUCAUCGGAGAGCAGAAUCAAUAAUCUUAUCUCCAGAUAAGCAAUUUUCCGUCAUUACUGAUUCUCUUGGACGUGUAAGUUUAAUCGAUAACCAAUUGGGCAUUGUGUUGCGUAUGUGGAAAGGCUAUAGGGAUUCCCAAUGUGCUUUUCUUAAUGUACUAGAUCCAGAGUGUAAAAGCAGACGACAUGAUAGGCGCCAAGCCAGAUACGCAUUAUUCUUAAUUAUAUACCUUCCUAAGAAGGGCCUUAUUGAAAUUUGGGCUUUGCAGCAGGGUCCAAAAGUAGCAUCUUUCUCAGCACUUAAACAUGGGCGAUUGUUUUACAUGAAUUAUAAUAAAGGAAGUAAAUUGAAACAACAAACUAAAUACUCUUGUAUUUUUAUGGAUCCAGAUGGAACACUCAAAGAAUUUAAUGUUCCGUUUCAUUUUGCUAUUGCUGACAAGGAUUCAAAGAGAGCACGAGAUAUCCAUCUGUUUCGCCAUUUGAAAGCAUUUAUUAAAUCUGGUAAUUUUGAUCAAGAUAAAUUGUCAGAAGAAAUUUUGGGCACUAUUAAAGAAUUAAGAACAGUAGAAAUCAAGGCUCAAUUUAUUGACAUGUUAGUUGGUAAUAGACAUAUAUCUGAAAAUGUAUUAUUACAAGCACUUCUAGAAAUUUUGCCAGAAAAGCCUAGCGAAGAUGAAGAACAAUUUUGUCAAAAAUGUACAAAUUUAAAGCAUUUGACUGAAUUUUACAUUUAUGCUACAAAUUGUGAAGAAAAUCCUUUAAAUUCAGAAAAUGAUAAAAUUGAAAUUGAAAGUAAUGAAGAAGCUAUUAAGCAGAUUGAUUCCAAUUUACAACUUUCAGAACGAGAUUUAAAACAUUUGCAAGAGUUACUCAACUUGACAAUAAAUAAAGACAACAAAGUCGUGCAAUCAAAAGUAACAUUUAAAGAAGACAAAAAGCCUACAUUUUCUAUUUACAUUAGUGCAUUUGAUUGCUCUGUGAGAGUACAACCAAUUGCACAUAAUUCCGAAAUUACUUACAAUAUAGCAGAAACUAUAUUUAAUAAAUUCAUAUCGACCAACUUAACGUUAGAAGAAUGGGUAGAUAAAGCAAAUUGUAGUCAUAUUCCAACAGACUACUUUGUUAAACUAUUGUUAAUAUUUUGGUUAAAUCGGCCUCUAACACAAAAUAUGAACUUAGAACAUGAUAUGAAAAAAUUUGGUGAAAUUUUAUACGAAAUUUGUAAAUUGACCGGUUUUGAUAACAUUUGCACUGAAUAUAAUGAAAUAUCUCCGUGGUGGGAAAAUGUAAGAGAAAUAUUGAUUGAGAGUCCAUGUCCUUUUAAAGGGCUUAUGGCAGCGAUUUUAUGCAGGCACAUUGCACAACGAGUUGAACGAGAUAAAGAACUUAUGCGCGAUGAGGAAGCUUGCGAAGAGAUUUGGGAACGCGUAUCUGCUGAUAAUUGUAAAUGGUCAUUAUUGAUAGGAAUAGAAGAUAUUUCUUUAUUGAACAUAGUGUUAAAUAUGAAAAAUAUCGCAUACGAUCAACCUAUCUUGACUAAAUUGAAUUAUGAAGGCAUUGAUAUUAGCCUUAAGUUUGUAUUAAUGGGAGGCAAAGGUAUAGUUUCGGAAUUAGUGUCUAAAUGGCUAGCUAGUUACGGUGUUAAUCCACAAGAAAUUGUUGAUAACGAAUUGAUCCAUCUACAAAGCGUGAAAAUAGCCAGUACACCAGAGAAAUCUCCUGUCGAAGAAGUUGUGCCUAAUGAUGAUACAAUAGAACCCAUAAAACCUAUAUUCGAACAAUAUAAUUUAUUGCAUAAACAGUUUCCUUUUAGUUUGCAGGCUGUGGUAAUUUUGUCAAAUAUGGCCUGGGAGUAUUCAGAGAAUUGGAAAAAAAAUUUAGAUGACAUUAGAUCUUUAAAAUCGGCUGUGCAAUGCCUUGAUUGCCUGUGUAAUGUUCAUCUUAAACAUGGAGUUUGUGCAUUGAUGUGGUGUAUGCACAUACGUUCUGUAUUUGAGGCAGUUUGCCGAAUGUUAAACAAAGCUGGAAAAUUACCCAAAGACAGAUUAUGCAAACAAGAAACUGGCCUAAACGAUGGACAGGUUAUAGAGUUUCUGGCAAUAACCAUUGAAUUUAUAGCGAUAUUUAUGAGAAGUAUACAAAAGUGCUAUGAUACAGUAAGAGAACCUUUGAAAUACGAAGACUUGUGGGAAGAUAAUUCAUCACCUUCAUUGUCUCAGCUUGCUAUGCAACAGACAAAAUCCAAUUACGAAUUGCUUCUGUUACAUUAUGAACUCGCUUCAACAAUGCACAUGUUAACAUAUUUUAAUACAGUAAGAUUUAUGAAACCGUUAGUGCAUUUGUUCGAUAAUUUUGGUCAACAAUCAUUUUUUGUUGACUUGAAUACCAGACCACAAUUACCAGCGCACGCGCCCGACCAAAAAGUGUUAAACGCAAGAAUAUCCUUUUUAACGAAAAUAAUAUCGGCUUCUAUCGAUUUAAUCCAUAAGAACGACAAUGGUACUAUAUAUUCAAGCGAUGCUUUUUCCUGGAUGGAAAAAAUUAAAGAUUUAGGAGCACUUUGGAGCAUAGAGCAAGAUAUUUUAGUUAGACAUCAAGUUUUAGAAUUAUUUCGACGUGGUUUUGAUGGAUUAGCUGAAGACAUGCUGGGUACCCUUGCCAAUAUUGAUAAUCUUGGCCCAGAACUGUUAGAUGUUGCAGGAAAACAAUUGCGAUUAUGGUUAGAAAAAAUCCCUGAAAAACGAAUAGAGGUUGCCGCAUUAGGGCCGAUUUUAACGUCGUAUUUAGAUACUUUAGAGAUAAAAGACCCAAUUACAAUUGAAAAUAAAGCAUCUGUGAUGAUUAUAGCUACCCAUGCCUUACGCUGCUUUUCAGAUGAGAACAGCAAAGAGAGAAGAUUAGUCGCUCUUAUUGUGGAUGCUGGUCAUCUGUUAUUAGAUGAUGAUUGAAGAAAUAUAUUUUGAGUAAUGGAAUUUGUUUGCUAGCAUUUAUUUUAUAUGAUUGUAGUUCUAUAGAGUGGUGCUCAUUGCAUGUAAUAUACGUAGGUAUGAUUUGUAA